AUGAUAGAAGACGAGGUUGCCGAGUCAAGCCGCGAUAUCGCCACUGAAGCAGCUCGUGCCGCCGUGACUGCUCCACGGAACCAAAACUCUGUAGCUGUCGGUACAACUCCACAAAGACAUACAAAUCCAACAGGAGACACCGAUCCACCAAGGCAUACAACUUCACCAGGCGAUCCAAAUCCACUUUGUGACAACACUGAGUCACCACAACUGCCAGCAUUUUCCGUCCCAAACCAGGACAUCCCUGCGUCGUACGUGAAAGAUAUCCAAAGUGGUGAGUUUUUUGAUCUGUCAAAAUUGUUACCAAAAAACCUCAGCAUGUAUGACGAGGAUGUUAAUUUAACAUUGACUCUCGACAACUCAGCUAUUAAGGUUACCAAGAAGAGAAAAAGCAGCCCGUCUCAAAUAACAGAAAUUGAACAAUGGACGACGGCGUUCACUACGUACAUGAGUGUAUUCACUUACAAAUACCCCUUAAGGGCCCAAGAGUUUUUGCAAUACUUGGGUUUAAUCAGAUAUGCAGCUAGAGUCCAUAAGGGACUAGGGUGGGCUAUUUACGACCACAAAUUUCGGCAAAAGGCCAGUCUUGACAAGUCUCUUGUAUGGUCGCAGAUAAAUCAGCAUUUGUGGCUGACUAUUUUUACGGUGUCACCUUUGGCACUAAAAGAGGAGUAUCCUCUUUUCAAUAGUGGAGGCAUUUUCCACCAAUAUAACAGAGUUGGUGUCUGUAGUAGGGGCCAGUGCGAGUACCAACACAUCUGUAAUAGAUAUUAGGGCCAACACCCAGGGCGGGACUGCAGUAGGGACCGCAGCAAAGGAGGCUAUGUCAGGGAUCAGGACAAGAAAACCUAUGCUAGGGCUGGCGAGGAGGUCCACCGUCCCCCCAAAUCUAGUAGUUCCUCAGGUCACCACAAAUUAUGAGUUUGCUAGGUCACUCCCCACUCCUAUUAAUGUAAAUAGAGUUGAGAUUGCUUUAGCUGAUCACCCCAACAGGGUUUUUGUUUCUAAUUUAUUGCAAACCUUUAAACUUGGAGCUAAUAUAGGUUUCUUUGGGUAA